GGACAUAAAAAUGUUCAUCUCUAUGCAAAGCUAAAAAAAAUAUACUAGCAGUGUUUGGUGUGUCAAAGAAAUGGAGUGCAGCAGCAGAAGUUCCAAUUUUCCUUCUGAUUUGGAGUACCAAACAGGAUUUGGGAAUCAUUUUUCAUCUGAAGCUAUAGUUGGAACUCUACCUCAAGGUCAAAAUAGUCCUCUUAUUUGCCCCUUUGGACUUUAUGCUGAGCAGAUCUCUGGCACCUCUUUUACUUCCCCUCGCAAACUUAAUCAACGCAGUUGGUUAUAUCGUAUUAAGCCAUCGGUUACUCAUGAACCAUUUAGACCAAGAAUGCCAAGACAUGAAAAGCUUGUGAGUGAAUUCAACCAGUCAAACAGUUCUGCUACACCAACUCAACUAAGGUGGAAGCCUGUCGAGAUCCCAGAAACACCGACUGAUUUCAUUGAUGGUUUGUAUACUAUAUGCGGAGCUGGCAGCUCAUAUCUCCGACAUGGUUUUGCAAUUCACAUGUAUACUGCCAACAAAUCAAUGGAGAACUCUGCCUUCUGCAAUGCUGAUGGUGACUUUCUGAUUGUUCCUCAAAAAGGAAGGCUGUGGAUUACUACUGAAUGCGGAAGAUUGCAGGUAUGUCCUGGUGAAAUUGUGAUUUUGCCUCAAGGAUAUCGGUUUGCUGUUGACCUUCCAGAUGGACCUUCACGUGGUUAUGUCGCUGAAACUUUUGGAACUCAUCUUCAACUUCCUGAUCUGGGGCCUAUAGGUGCAAAUGGUCUGGCUGCUCCGAGGGAUUUUCUUGUUCCUGUUGCCUGGUAUGAAGAUGGCUCCCGUCCAGGUUACACUAUUGUGCAGAAGUAUGGAGGUGAACUCUUCACUGCAAAGCAGGACUUCUCUCCUUUUAAUGUGGUCGCUUGGCAUGGCAAUUAUGUUCCUUAUAAGUAUGAUUUAAGCAAGUUCUGCCCUUACAAUACAGUAUUGAUGGACCACAGUGAUCCUUCAAUUAACACAGUUUUGACAGCACCAACAGAUAAACCUGGUGUGGCGUUGCUUGACUUUGUCAUUUUCCCUCCCCGGUGGUUGGUUGCUGAACACACCUUCCGUCCUCCAUAUUAUCAUCGCAAUUGUAUGAGCGAAUUUAUGGGUCUAAUCUAUGGGGGAUACGAGGCAAAAGCUGAUGGUUUUCAUCCUGGCGGGGCAAGCCUUCACAGCUGCAUGACUCCUCAUGGUCCUGAUACCAAAACAUAUGAGGCAACCAUUGCACUUGGAAAUGAAGCUGGUCCACAUAGAAUAGCUGAUACCAUGGCUUUUAUGUUUGAGUCUUGCCUAAUACCCCGAGUCUGUCCGUGGGCACUUGAAUCUCCGUUUAUGGAUCACGAUUAUUACCAAUGCUGGAUUGGCUUGAAGUCUCACUUCUCAGGACUAUCUAUGAACGAAGACAACGUUGAUUUGCAGAAAGGAAAACCUAUAGAAAGGUGAAAUGCUCAUUGUUCAGCUAGCUCCUGUAGUUCCGCCUAAAGUGACUUGGCUUGUACAUAAGGAGUCAC